AACAACAGGACGUGGCCUGCGUUGAUUCAUCAGUGGUGCGCGCCGCUGAAACAGCGUGCGAACCUCUGAGCUAUAGCUCACCAGUGGUAUUGGCAACUUCUUGGGAUCAGUUCAAAAGUGCUACAAUCGCUGUAGCAAAAAGAAACCCAGGUAAGAGGGCGGGGGCGGAGCAGAAAUGGAUCGCAGCUGAAGUGAUAUUAACUAACCAUUUACAUGUUUCUCAGGAGAUCUGGCCAGGGUUUCCGUGGACAACGACAAAAAGCUCGGAGGAAAAACAUCCAAUGGAUGGCCCGAGAAAACAGCUGUGCAAAAAGAAACACCUGUUUCCUAAAGCAACGGAGCUGCAGAACAACCUGACCGAAGAAAUGCCUCACGAAAUGACAGAUCUCGUGACGUGGUCUGUGCCCGAGGUCCCAGACACGGGCCGUCUGGUGAUAAGACGAUACGCCGAGAGCGAGAUGGCAGAGCGAGAUGGCAGAGACGAGGAGGCCAGUGACGCCGAGUUGAGAACGGCCGGCGUAUUGCCAGGGCAUGGGAAGCGACAGAGUAGCGGUCAGCCAAGCCUGCUGCGUUCCCAACGGUCCCCCGGCCCGUCUCCGGCAAGAAGCCGGCCGCUGCCUCCAGGCGGAGAGCUCAGGGCAGCCAACAUUGCAGAGGCCGAACAAGCGGGGGCCCCUCCUCAUCCGGCUGGCAAUAUUUCUGGUUUGCGCGGGGAGGGCACGCGCGUGGGAGCGCUGCAUGAGCACCCCAGGCGGGAGUUUCCUCGUAGACAGACGUACGUUCCAUACGAAUCAGCCGGAAAAGGUGGCGCGGGUCCACACCGUCUCGCUAGGGAAGACGUUUCUCCUUGCUUGGAGCAGGAUCGCCCAACUGGGGGCACGCAGAGAAACUUCUUUUCGCGGAUCGGUGUCUGGGGAAGAGCGCUCCGUGCCGAGGAACACGUGCAAAGGGACGGGCAACCGCCCAGGCCGCUGCAAGUCCUCGGGGUUGCGCAGCCCCCAUCAGGGGGCAUUGGGAAGCCGAGUCCCUGCAGAGGAGCUCCGGAGCUCGAGCCUUCCGCAUCCCGCCCGGACACGCUAAGUGAGCCAAGGGCGGUCUGCUCCGGAGGAGCCGUCCCCUGGAUGGGCAGGCAGCUCGCAAGGAAGCUCUGCUUUUCGUCACGCCGAAAGGUAUUUCCCAACGAGGAAGCACCAGGCAGCGAGUCCCUGCCCACGUAUGCGCUGGCGCCUCGGCCCUCGCGGUCCUCGACCAGGAUUUAUGCUGAGGCUUUUUCGGAAGCAUGUGUGCCCGGCUGACGAGUGAACCGGUCCCCGCGCGCAAGCUGCGUGCUCAGGGCGACGCAGUUCCUGGAAGCGAUCCGUCGCGGAUCAGUGCAGAUGCGGUCGAGUUGGUGCUAACUCAGCUGUCCACGUGUCUGGCCACAGAUCCGCAGCCUUCUGAAGAUCAGGGUCUCCCCCCUGACGUAGCCGUGCUGGCGGCCCAGAUAAUUCGCUCCGGUUUAUCCGACCUUCUGCACGACGGGGCUUCCAAAGUCACAGUUUACGCAGACCCGAGCGGCAACGAGAGCGCGCCGGCAGAGGGCUCGGAUGUUUGGCUCUGGAGUGAAAUGGCCGACGACCGGCGGGAAGGCGCCAUGGCCAAAGCGCCCUCAUCGGCUCUGUCGACGCCUCGAGAGCCUGGGGAGUUUGGGGAGAGGCAGUUGGAAGACGCUAGCAAAAGCACUGCCCAACACCAAAGCCCCCCACUGCCAACUCUGGAGGUAGGCCCCGGAUGUUUGGAAGACGCUAUCGGCAGGCUUUUAUCUCGCGCUCUGCCAGCCACCGCCAGCACGUCUGCCUCCACAGAAAAGAAAGCCACGCCUGCAGACGUUGACUUGACUCACGUGAAGGUAAUCGGUCGAGUGCUGGCCAGGAUCUGUAGAGGGGAGACCUCGUCCUGCCAGCGUGUUGCGCCUCCGCCCAGCAGGGAGGAGAGUGCGAGUCAAACGAUUGCCGAUGCGGUCUACGGCAGGCUUUUGACGCGGUUCCUGUCUAAACUGGACACGCGGCAGCGUGUAAGAAGCGGGAGCGAGGUCCUCGGUGAAGCUCUUUGGGACUCGGUUGUCCGAGAGAUUUCUGGGAAGCCGCUGCAGAACUCACUCAGCGGAGAACUAGCGCGCCGCCUUGUCGAGACCGCGCCAAGAGCCGUCACCGAGCCUUUGGGUGACUCUAGCCGUCGCUCGCUGGAUCUUCACGCAACGGUCGCUCUCAUCGCAGAAAAACUAGCAGCGAACCUGUUGUCGGCUUUUCCCUGCCUCAUUCCCGUUGCGGCUUUGGACGCAGAGAAGGCUCUGUUAGUGAACGAGGAAGCCAGAAAAAUACGGCAUGCUUUGCGAGCGCUCCUGUCGAGCCAUCGGAGGAACGGGGACAAACAGAUCGGCGCGCGGGUGUUUGUACGUGCCGAAGACGGCCAAGCUACAGGAGAUCCAUCGCCUUCCGCUCGCGCAAGCCCUGCGGACCGUGCCGAUUCAGACCUUUGCGGUUGCAGAGGCCUAACAGGUCGGGAAGCAGUUUUUGCUCCUAGGAUCGCAGCUUCAGGAGCCCAGCGCGUUGCCAGCCCUGGAGCGCGAGCCGGUUCAGAGGAGGAGACGUUGCCCGCCCCGUCUUGCAUGGCGGAAGGCGUCGGGAUUGAGGAAAACCUCCCUGCGGAUCUUGACACAAUGGAGGAGAUUCCAAAACCGACAUUUGGCCCGGGACGUCUGGCGGCCCCCGGGACAUUUGCGGCAGGAAUUUUAAGUAGCUUCCUGCCAAAAGUGUCAUGUUGGACGGAGGGCAGAAGCCCAAAGCUCGACAGAGGUUUCGCACGAGCCGAAGCGACCGUGCUUGGCAAGGCGCUCAGACGGGCCGUAGAACAGGGUCCGUCCGUCUGUCGACUCGGCCAUGGGGCCGCUGCCGGGGAGCCGCGCGGUGGACGUCCCGAAGCCGUCGAUCGACCGGUUCUUUCCGUGUCCGGGAGUGUUUUACGAGAAGCGGGACCCGAGGGAGGUCUCUGCGAUGACGUGAGCGGUGGCAGCGCCCUUUUCCCUCGACAAGCGGCGACCGCAGUCGUUGAAGAACUGUCCGACGGCCCCUGUCUGCGGGCCGUCGGCGACUGUCCGCCGGCACCGAGCCGACAUCCGACAAGCCCGGGCAGACUCGCCGGCGAGGCUCUUUCACAGGCAUCUGUUGGCGCAGAGCCUUGGACGGGCAGUUCUGCCGAGGGGAUCCCUGCCAAGACAGGGGAGCUGCCGGUGAAAAGGAUCCCUCGUGUGACCAUCAGGCAGGUGCCCAUCGCUUCAGAGUCGGGGACUGAUUAUUUACGGGUCAUUUACGUCAGAGCAGAACCUCUCGAGGAGCUGCGAGAAGCCGUCGUCGCUCCAACCGGGGACGACCCGAGAACGCCGAGAGCAUUGCUGGCCGCAACGUGUCCCGACGACGGCAGCACGAGAUCCGAGGCCCGGGGAAAAGCAGACCGUCAUUUCUCUGCGGUUAGCUUGGGACAGCCCACGGGAUUUCUGCUGAGCUGUGCUGGGCCUGGGACGCAGAGGACUCUUCCUACGUCUGCAGCAAAUAUCUUGUCAAACCUGGGGCAACGCCACCCCCGGAAGGUGGCCCACCAAAGGUCUCUCGGCCUCCCCAGCCGAGUCCUUGCCUUUGGCGGGCUCUUCCCUCUUUCCUUCUGUUGUCGUAUCUGCCCCGUAAUCUCUGCGCAGAGGUGGCCUCUAGCCACGCGAUGCAGUCUCAUCCCCAGCCCGGUCACUUGACCCUUUAAGAUCGCUGGCUCCGGUCGGCCGCCGCUGAAGUCGGGGCAUGUAGGGAGUCGGGGCCGAGCGUAGGCCUUAAAAGCUAGCUGUCGCCUGUGAUGCGUGCAGCCUUUGGAGGCCCGCGUCUUGCCAACUUGAGCACGCGCGUAAUGUCAUGGACUUUGCCUACGGUGACACGUUACCCCAGGCCGCCUCGUUGAAGAAGGGUAUUGACAUGCUGGGCUGCCUCGGGAGGUAGAUCGCCAAGACAAAAGCAUCGUCGCUACUGUCUGCAGCAUUAGCGAGCCCCUUCCCGGAUGCUGUAUCCAGUUCUCGGGGAAGGCUGAUCAAGUGGAAAAGGUUCCUAAAAGAAAUAUGAGAUUGGACUUGGGUCUAGAAUCCCUUCCUCGGCAGGAGAGACUACGGCGGCUCCACCUGUUCACCUUCAGAAGAGAGAAGGCUUAGCAGCCAUUUGAUCGUGGGCUAACAGCAACCCUGUGGAGGGCAAGUUUCCAGUGGGUCCAGGCGCUCGAAUCUGCCUGCCAGAGGCAGAAGCGACCGCAGCGGCUGGAGGAUGCGCCUGGCCGGAUUCGUUCUCGGAAUUGGGUGCCCGCUAUUUUCCGGUUACACGAUGGGUUCUUCGCUAGAGGAACGACUCGCCCAGGGGUCUGAUGAAUUGUCCCUCGCCCAAAGUCCUGAAGCGAAGUCUGGGUCUUGGUAAGAGACGGGCGGGAGCAUCGCCUGACGUGAGUUGGGUUGAUGCCGACAGCACCUGCCGAAGUCCUGCCGGUGGGUCCGGUGGGGAGCAGACUAGGUGCACGCUCGCGGCCCUACAAAUCUAACAGGGAUUUUGUCCAUUUGCGGUCAGCUGCCUCCUUUCUCCUUUCCGUCCUUUGGAUCGCCUUUCUCUGUACUUUCUCUAGCUCUCGCGUUGUCUUUCAUGGGUCAGGCGCCACGUCCACGCGUUGGGGAUAUCGAGCCAUCCUUCCUGACCCAGGCUUGGCAAGCCCUGCCGCCCCGGAUGCGCACGGAGAAGCGCAGACAGGAGCUAGCGGCACU